AUGCUCAAAAGAAGCUUUACUUUAAGAGCUCGCGGUGGCACCUUUUUGCCGCGCCAAACAAUGACUAGAACAAGAGCAAUUAGUAUGGCAAGUUUCCCGGGUCAAAAGCAAAAUACAAAGCUUACAAGCUGGUUAAUAGGAAUAAGUGGAUUUGGAGCAUUGUCUCUAGGAAUUUUUUACUUCUAUUGGCCUCGUCACAAUUUCCCAAGUCCCGUUGCCAAAAAGCUGCGACAGGCUUUAUGGGAAGAGAGUGAAAAAUCGGACCACGACUACCAAGGUGCGCUAAGGUACUAUUUGGAAGCGCUUCAAGAAUGUGACAAUUCAGGUGUGAGUUCUAUAAGUGAUGAAUACACAGGUGUGGAACUCAAAAUAGCUGAAAUGUACGAAAGACUCGGAAUGCAAAAAGAAGCGCAUAACGUCUACAUUGAGUUGUUGUACAGAUACUACGAUGCCCUUCAGGAUACUAACAGUGUUCCUAACAACUUGAGACCGCAUUUGAUCCAAAAAGAUCUGCGCGUGUUGAUAAAAUCGAUUGAGAUGAACCAGGACGUCGAAUUGGGUAAACGUAACCUUUUGACCCAUUUGCUAAUGGCUCAGGAAGAAGUGCUUAGUAGAUCACCAGAGCUCAAGAAGUUUUUCGAUCGUCGCAAACAGCGUACGCUGAAGCUUUUCCAGGGCAAAGCUACGGGCGUCGAACCAAUCGAUUUUCAAGCUUUGGUCAAUGAGAACACUAUCAAGCUAGACGAAGACUCACACAUGAUACUGGAUUUAGCAAAGGAUAGUAGCGCCUGGGAACCUUUUAAAGACGAAUUUUUCACCGCGAGAGACCUCUACACCGCGUACUGUUUGUCUACGAAAGAUAUUGCAUCUGCAUUGAGUUGUAAAUUGACUACAGUCGAAUGGAUGGUGAUGGCAGACAUGCCACCGGGUCAGAUUCUCCUAUCACAAGCGAAUUUGGGCUCCUUAUUGUACCUUCAGGCAGAAACGUUCGAGUCUCAAAUUUACAGGUUAAACCAAAAACGUGAAGAAGAACCAGGACUCAAGACAGAUGACAAUAUCAUAAAGACUUUAAGAACUUUGCAUCGCAACCGUGACUCUUGCUUCGACAUGGCUACGAAAUGCUACGACAGCGUCAUCAAAUUUUCCAAGAGAAACAAUAAGCUCAGAUUUAACGCCAAGGAUUUAAUGGAUCACUCAGCAGCUCACGCCAUUGCCCUGUCAACCUAUGGAAUGGGAGUCAUAAACCUGCACAAUGGUACUCUCCCCAGAGCCGAACGACUGCUGAAGGACUCCAUCAGCAUGGCUCAGGAAACUGAUUUUCAAGAACUCUACAAGGAAGCAAACCAAGAAUUGAAAAAGGUGUAUCUUGCCAAAGAAACUACAGCAAAAACCAGCAAGACUGAUGAGGGCGCUACCAAGUAG